AUGCACGCCAUGCAACUCCGUUUCUCUUUUGUUCUGCUAGGCAUUGCUGCUGCAGGCUCUGCAAGGCCUAUUGUCGUUCCCCCUUCUUCUCAAGUUCUCACCACAGACCUUGCUUCCACAUCUACGUCCGCCUUCGCCUCUGCCUCAACAUCCCCUCAUACGAUCAUCACUCCCGUGUCCGUUCUGGACGCCAGAGAGAUCUACGUACCCUAUCUCGAGGAUCGCAGUCCAGCCGUCGCUGCUCCUCUCAUCACUCGUGCUGCCAAAGAUCCCUCUUCCCAGAUCGAGGAAGCCUACGAGAGUCAUGCAACCUCUUCGCCAAAAUCACGAGCGGAAACUCGUGGCAACGUUGAAUCGGGCGUGCCCAUUUACAAACGCGACUUUUUUGAAUGGAUGGGCGAAAAAGCCGGAAAGGUCACUCACAACCCAGGCUUGCAACAAAUCGGCGGCGGUUUCAAGACAAUCGGGGGUGAGAUUGGAAACAAAGCAAAGGAAGAAGGCCAAAAGGCGAAGAAUGCGUAUAACAAUGCCGGUGCCAGUGCCGGUAGUGCUCAGCCUCAGCCACAGCCACAGCGUCGACAAGAAGCCAAUCCCAAUGUAGAGAACAGUUCCCUAGUUCAGAGUGCUGAGGCGAUUGCGAAGAAGCAACAGCAGAUGAAGGAAGGGGCGAAUCGCCUCAAGCAUAUGAUCACAAAUCCGUUCCAUGAAGCACAUGAUCAGAUGGUGAACGGCGCUAAGAAUAUACACGAUGAGGUCGUACAGAAAAAGAAUGAUGCGGUGAAUGGCGCGAAAAAGGUGGAGGAAUCAACCGUGAACGGGGUGGAAGGUGCGGCUAAUAGCGUGGCGAACGCAGGAAAAGGUGCAGCAAAUGGUUUAAAAGGCGCGGUGAAUGGAGCAGAGCAGGGAUACAAAGAGGGAUCGAAUGCGGGAAAUCCCCCUGCUCCCCCUGCUUAA